AUGAGGGAAACACAGUCUUUCUUCAUGUUCUUUACAGGGCUUUGCUGUCUCCGUCCCUGUCGUCCUCUUCAGUACCACUUCAUCGACGCGGCUCUUCCGUGGUUGAAGGCCCAGAACUACUGCAGGGCCACGUUCACCGACUUGGCCACCGUCUUCGACGCGGAGAGCCUGAACCUGCUGGUCAACGCGGCUCAGCAGUCCAGCGGUGGAUUUACGGGGAAGGCUUGGAUCGGGCUGCGUGACAACCUCACAAACUGGAGGUGGUCGUUUCCAGACGCCGCGACGAGCUUCAGGAACUGGGGCAUCGGUCAACCGGACAACUUCUUCGGGGACCAGAUGUGUGUGAGGACGAUAAUCGGAGGCGUGUGGGAAGACUCCAGCUGUGUCCUGAGGAACCCCUUCUUCUGCUACGAUGGUUUCUUCUUCCUCGCAGGUACAGCCAGUUUCAGCAAGCGUUUCGUUUUUGUUGCGCAGGAGUUGAGCUGGUCUGACGCUCAGCGGCACUGCAGGAGGCGCUACACCGACCUGGCCAGUGUCAGAAACCGGGACGAGAACACGCAAAUACGACGUCUGUCCAUCAGGGGCGCCUGGAUUGGCCUGCACAGGUCUGAAGAAAAGUGUUUUUUGUCAUCUGCACCUUUUUCUUCGUGCAGGACUCGGGACUGGUCAGAUGGAAGUGAAUCCUCCUUCCGGUACUGGACCAGUGGACAGCCUGAUAAUGCCAGAGGGAAGCAGAGCUGUGUUGCGGCUCAUCUGGGUAAUGCAGGCCGUUGGUCAGACGAAGAGUGCGGCAGGAGUCUCGCCUUCGUCUGCUACGGCGAACGUGUAACCACAACUGAAAAGCCUUCAACUACUCCUCCUCUGACUGAGAGAACGUCAUCUGAGCCGCCUUCAACCACACACAUGAAGCCGAUUCUCACCUUUACUGAUGAAACUCCAAAUGAGACAACUUUGUCCGGCAGUGCCACUGCAACUCAAGAGAAAUCAACCACAACGACGGAAAUACACUCGACCACACCAGUGUUUACGUCAUCUGUGCAGUUUGAAACUUCAAAACUGGAACAAACUACAACUAUUGGCAGGACGUUGGAGACACAUUUGUCCAGCGCUGCCACGGUAACUCGAGACAAAACAGCCACCACUGACAGAGACUCGACCACGCCAGUGUUUACCUCGCCUGCAACAGCCGAACUAGAUCAAACUACACCUGUUCCUGGAUUUUCCUCAGGAGAACAUGUGAUUCACUUGGGACUGAAAUUAACGUCAAAGGUGCAACUGAGCGAAGAAGACAUCGAAGAGCUGGUGGUUGUUGAGUUUCGCAAACGUUUGGUAGAGAUGGGUCUCCCCUCGAGCCUCAAAGUGAGUCUGAAGAAACCACGGAAAUAAAGAGGACUGAACGUAGGAUUACACACAAGUGUUUAGAGGAAGGACCAGUGAGGAAAUCAAGAAGGUUCCUUUUAUGAAAUCAAGAGACUUCUACUGCU